GUCUUCUGAUAACUGAAAAUUUACAUUUUUAAUUUAAUGUAAUUCAUGAAUUGGUGUCUAUAGUGAGUUCCGUAAUAAUAAUAAUAAUAAUAGGUAAAUGUUAUAAUAUUUUGUGUGUGCUGUUAACUUUCUUUUCUCGUAUCUAUCAGUUACCACUUUUGCGUACCUACCGUUUCUUUUCAAUAUUCAACUAAAUUUGUCGCAAUGUAAUUAAUAGCCGAUUGGUGUUUUUUUUACGCUGUAAUCGUUUAUAGAAAAAAGAAAUUAUAUCGAUUUCGAUCCUCGUAGUAAUAACAUACACCUAGUAGUUUGUUUAAAUAUAAAUCUAUAAAUAAGUUUCUGUCAUUGUUGUGCCUUUGAAAAUUAUGGACGAUCCUCAGUUGAAUCUCAAUGAUCUUUGGCAAAAGUCAAAUCAACUGUUCCAACAUGACCAAAUGGGUUUCGGGCCAGGCAGAGUGGCUCCACCGUUACCAGUAGCUAGUGGAUUACGAGUACCUUCAUCUUCGCCUGCUCCUAGAAUCACUACCACUCAAGUGCCGCAAAGAAGUUAUCGAAGGGUUCAGAUGCCUGUGUCAUAUAUGCCAUCCACAAUGGGUGCAAGUUAUGGUGGAUCUUUUGGGAGUUACCCGUACGGCAGGUCGCUUAUGAAUAUGGGUGGAUAUAGUCCUUAUAGUUCAUAUGGUCAGUCAAUGACCAAUCAGUAUCAAAAUCCUGUAGUGAUUGCUGCAGCUGAAAAUUCACGUCCUGCAUUCGAAUCGAUACAGUCUGUGGUUCAGUCGUUUAAUGCCGUCAGUAUGAUGCUGGAAUCAACAUUUACAGCAAUGCAUAUGUCUUUCGAGGCAAUGUUAGGUGUAGCUGAAAAUUUUACUCGGUUAAAAAGUUUUAUGACAAAGCUAUACUCAACCGUGGUCACAUUUAAAUUGGCGAGAUGGUUUUUGGCUAAACUGGUUUAUCUAAUAAGACUAAUAAAAGGAAACGCAAGUGGAUUAAGUGUCGAAGAAGAGCUGUGGUCUAAUAUAACGUCUUCUGAAGCCGCAAUAAGUCAAACAGAUGGUGGGCGAUCGUGGCCAUUAGUGGUGUUCACAGGAUUAUUGGUAGCCACUCCUUAUUUUAUAUAUAAACUGCUCAACUCGGUGACGCCAACAAAUUUAUCACCUCCAAAUUCACCCAGUAGUAAAUACAGACCGAAUGAAAAAAUUAUUUUAAAAGCGCCGUGUGACUGGAAUAACCCUGAUCCGAAUACGAUUCCUUUAGUAAAAGGCCAAUCUGUACUAACCACACCCCAGAGAAUAAAGAAUACCGCUGGAAACGGUGGAUGGCUCCUGAUUGACACCGCCGACGGACAGAGAGGAUACGUGCCCCUCGAUAUUUUAAGACGAAUAAAGACCAGUCAACCAACACAGCCCAUAUUACCGACAGCACAGAGUUUACCGACUGACAUUGAAUCUUCCAUUAUGACUGAGCAAAUACUACCAGAAGUAAUACCUACUCCAUUAACAGAAAUUCAAGGCGACCCAAUAGAAUUACCAGAUGAAUUAUAGAAAGCUAAAUUCAGCAGAAAUUGGGUUGUAUUGGUAAAUGUUAUGUGACAGUAGAGGAAUACAAUUUUUUUUUUAAUUUUAAAGGGAAUAUUUAUGUGUUACGGUUCUCUUAAUAAUUAUUGUCUGUAUAAUAGUACUAUUUUAUUAUGUAUACAAUUAUUGUUUAUUUUUUAAAUGUUGUUUUCUAUUAAUAAAACAUUUUCUCAUUUA